GUGAUCGACAGUGACACCCCAGCUUUCAAUUGUUGCGUCAUAGGGAAUCACUCAAUGACAACUAUAUUUUACGCCCUGUUGGCGAACCAUUAAUUUACUCAACCUUUCACACCUACACCGGGCGAGGUUUGCCCCCAGUAAAUCACCAUGGCUCCGCGAACGUCUGCAAUGACCGUGCACUUCGACCAGUACAAUCCCAAUUCAGAGAAAGGAACUGAUACUCGAGCUUCUCUUGCUUCACUCGACUAUUCUCCUCUUCGUCGCCUAACAUGGAGAUCUGUUCUCAUGGGUGUCCUUGUCUCCAUGGGCGGACUGAUUUUCGGUUAUGACACUGGCCAGAUCUCCGGCUUUCUCGAGAUGCCAGACUUUUUGAGCCGGUUUGGUCAAACAAAAGACGGCAAACCUUCCUUCAGCAAUGUGAGGUCUGGUCUCAUAGUGGGACUUUUGUCGAUCGGCACGCUCUUGGGGGCCUUGCUUGCGGCUCCCCUCGCUGACCGCAUCGGACGCCGCCUGUCCAUUUCCUUUUGGUGUCUGAUCGUUGCCCUAGGCUUCAUUGUUCAGAUUGCCGCGAGCACAGCUUGGUAUCAAAUUAUGGUUGGGAGAUUUGUCUCGGGCUUCGGUGUUGGCGCCCUGAGUCUUCUUGUCCCGAUGUAUCAAGCGGAGACCGCACCACCAUGGAUCCGCGGAGCGUUGGUCUGCACAUAUCAACUAUUCAUCACCCUGGGAAUUUUCCUGGCUGCAUGCUUCAACUUUGGGACCUAUACUUAUCAGCAAAACAACUCUGCAUCGUGGCGCAUUGUUCUCGGUCUCGGCUGGCUCUGGACCAUCAUACUUGGUGUUGGCAUCUUAUUCUUCCCGGAGACUCCCAGAUAUGAUUACCGACAAGGACGGAAGGAGAUAGCAAAACAAACUCUGAUGAAGGUCUAUGGUGCUCCUGCUCACCAUUAUAGUAUCCAUGUGCAAAUGGAGGAGAUCGAGAACAAACUCCGCGCAGAAGUCACAACCACAGGUAAUCCGGUCAAACAGUUCGUCGGCAUGUUCAAGGCCCCACGCAUGUCCUAUCGGAUAUGGCUUGGAAUGUCGCUCCAGAUGUUUCAGCAACUGACUGGGGCAAACUACUUCUUCUACUACGGUACGACCAUCUUCAAGUCCGUCCAGAUCAGUUCUUUCGUCACACAGAUGAUUCUCAAUGGAAUCAACUUCGGAGUCACGUUUAUCGGUCUGUACUUGGUCGAACACUACGGCCGAAGGAGGUCUUUGAUCGCUGGGGCCAUCUGGAUGUUCGUGUGUUUCAUGAUAUUCGCCUCGGUGGGCCAUUUUGUCUUGGACCUCAAUGAUCCCACGAGUACCCCUAAGGCAGGCGUUGCUCUCAUCGUCUUUGCUUGUUUGUUCAUUUUAGGUUACGCCACAACCUGGGGGCCGAUGGUCUGGACAAUCCAAGCCGAGAUUUUCCCUUCGAAAUACCGAGCGAAGGCAAUGUCUCUUUCCACCGCCAGCAACUGGACCUGGAACUUCCUCAUCGCUUUCUUCACUCCCUUUAUUACUGGGGCCAUCGACUUCCGCUAUGGCUAUGUCUUCGCAGCAUGUAACGUCACCGCCGGUAUUCUUGUCUACUUUUUCGUCGUUGAAGGCCAGGGCCGAACACUUGAGGAGAUUGAUACGAUGUACAUUGAGCACGUCGAUCCACGGAAAAGCGCUAAGUGGGUGCCGCCUCCGGCGGCUGAGAUGGCAAGGAUUCAAAGGGAAGCCGGCACUGCUGAAUUGCCUCAAACAGGCCGAGGUAUCUACAGCGGUGAGACCGAACGAAAUGACAUUGGAGGUAACAACAGCAAGGUGGCGGAGCAGCAUGAAUAUGCCUGAGUAAAUGGGUGAUCAUAUCUGGCGUUCACGGGGAGAUCGCAGUUGAAACUCAGGAUGCUUAUGAUGGAAAACCUCGGCUAAUCGUCGUGUGUCUCCUGCCCACUUGAAGGCAACUAUCUAUUCCUCAGCAUAGUCCGGAACGGGAUGUACUGAUAUUGUGAGAAUACAUGAAAGUCCCCAUACGUUAUUUGCAAGGUGUUGUAACGGACUAUUGAACGGGUUUGAACAGGCUUCGCCAUGCAUUUUAGAGACAAAAUGAUUUAUUGUUUCCCUAUGACAUCUGAAGUAUGUACCACUGGUUUCCCUUCUUAGCAAUUGACCUCGAA